AUGUUUUUUGUUCUUCUUUCGCUUAUCCUUUCAUUACAAGAGGGCCAAAAUGUUGAAUAUGCUGAUUUUGGCAAUGAACAUAAUAAUAGUGGAGAAGUAAAAGAAGAUCAUUUCGAUUAUUUAGCACUUGAAAAUCAAAUGCAGAAUUUUUCAUUAAAAUUUGAUAAGAAUCAAAAAGCUCAAAAUGAAGGAGCUGAUACACUUCAAAAUAAGCCUAUUGAUUUCGAAAAUAAGCCAAAACACCAUCAUAGAGAACGAGGAGAGCAUAGAGUAAUAGGAUCUUCAUCAAGAAGACAACAGCAUCGUCAUUCUCGUUAUACAAAAGAAGAUAUUGAUUACGAAAAAGCACUACGCGACCAAUCAGAUCGAAUUUUCCAAACAAAUGGAAAGGUUAACAAAAACAAACAUGGAAAUCGACAAGAUAUGAGAAGAAAUGAUAAAUAUGACGAUGAAUUCAAUAAAAAUGAUUUAAUUAAAGAAAAAAUAAAAGAACCUCUUCAAGAAGAACAAGAAUUACCAGCCAUUAAUGAAUCAAUAGCUAACGAAACUGAUACUCUUAAUCAAUCAAGUUCAUUUACAAAACCUAAUAAAAAUGAAAAUCAAAAUCAAGAAAUAAAUGUAUCAAAUAUUACAGAUCUUAAUGUAAACGACGAUGUACAAGUCAAUUUUACUAACAAUGAAGAAAAUUUGACAAAUUCAGAUUCAAUUGAAGAAAUUGUUCAGAUUGAAAACGAAACCAUUUUAGAAACAGCUAAUGUAUCUGUAGAAAAUGCUACAAUUCAAUCAAAUAAUAAUAUUUUGAAUGAAAAUAAUAUUUCAAAUUCAGAAGUCGAAAAUUUGCAAAAAGAAGACAAUGAUUCAGCAAAUAUUAGUCAAAAUAAUGAAACUAUUGAUCAAAGAAUUGAAGAAAGCGAUCAAAUUGAAAAUGAAGAAAUAAAUCAACAAAAAGAAGUUCAAAAUGAGAAAAGAAAUGAAAAAGAAGGCAAUCCUGAUGAUUUCUAUUCCAAUCAAGAUGAUGAAGACCAAAUGCACAGAAGAGGAAAAGGAAAAAGAAGAAACAACUUAUACAGACAUCACAAAAGAGGUUACAAUGACUACAAUCACAGGAGAUCAAAUAAAAGAUCAAGACAUGAUGACUACUAUUACAGAUCCAGACGAGAUGAAUACCAAAAAGACCAAAAUGAAUUUCAAAAUGAAAAUCAAUUGAAUUCAAAAGAAAAUAAACAAAAUGAACUUCCUUCUGUCACUUUUUCUGAUGAAAAUGAAAGUCAAAAGGAAAUUGAAAUAAACGAAAGUAUUGAAAUAGAUAUCAAACAAAACAAGGAAAUCUUAGAAAAUGAAACAGAAAUUCAAAAUCAAAAUGAUUUGAAUGAAACAAAAGUCAAUGAAACUGAAACUUUCAAAGAAAAUGAGGGAAAACAAAAUAAAGAAAUCAAUGAAAGUAAAGAAUCCCAAAUUGAUGAAUUAGAAGAUGAUGAAAUCAAAGAAAAUAAUGAAAAUCAAACUGAGAAUAUUGAAGAAAAAGAAAAAGAUUUAGAAGGAAAUAAAGAAAAAGUAAAUGUUUCAGAAAAUGAAACAGAUUUAAUUGAAGAUAAUUUAGAAAAUGAAAAGGAUUUAGAACAGCAAACUGAGAAAAAUGAAAAAGAAAGAAUAAAUAAAGAGGAAGAAAUCGAAUUCAUUGAUGAUUUAGAUGUUGAUUACAAAAGAAAAAUCAAUAAAACAAAAUUAAAACAUCAAAAUCAAAGAUUAAAUGAAAAAAUCAAACGAAUCAAAGAAGUUUCCGAAGAAGAAAAUGAAACUAAACAUCAAAAUGAAGAAAUUUCUCAUAAAGAAGAUGAAAAGAAAGUUGAUGAAGAAAUCAAGCAAAAGAAUGCAACAAAGAUUGAAGAGAAAAACAUCAAAAUUGAUGAAGAAGUCAAUAAAUCUAAAGAAAUAGAAAAAGAAAAUGAUCAAAUUAUUGAAGAAUUCGAAGAAGAAAAACCAAAGAAAGAAAUGAAAAUUGAAGAAGAAAAUAAACAACAUCUAAAUGAAAAAGAAGAAAUAGAAAAAUUAACACAAAACAAUGAGAAACAAAAACAAAAAAUGGAACAUCCAAAAGAAGAUGAUGAAAUUGACCAAGAUGAAGAAAUCAACAACAAACAAAAUGAAGAUGAAUUAGAUAAUCAAAACAUCACCAAAAAUAAUGAAAUUGAUAACGAAAAAGAAGAGAAACAAAUACCUGAAAAAGACAACAAACAAGAAGAUGAAUUUGAUGAAGAAAAUAUCAAAGAAAAUGAUGAAAAACAAAACAAACAAAAACAAAAUGAAGAUGACUUUGAUGUUGAAAAAGACAACAAACAACACAAUGAACAUGAAGAUGAAAAAGAAGAAAUUGAUGAAGAGGAACAAAAGAAUCCCAGAAACAAUGAAGAUCAAUUAGAAAUUGAAGAUUUUGAAGAAGACAAACACAAACGUAAAAAUAGUAAAUUUAAUAAUGAACACGAGUUUGAAUUAGAAGAUAUUGAUGAGAAGAAACAAAAGAAUUAUAAUUAUAACAAAGAAUUCAAUGAUGAAGAUCAAUUCGAAGAAGAAGAUUUCUACAACGAAAAACAUAACAAACACAAAAACAAUAAAUAUAAUAAUAAACAUGAAGAUGAAAUAGAUGAUUUUAGUGAAAAGAAACAAAAGAAUCAUAGAAACAAUAAAUACAAAGAAUUUAUUAAUGAUGAAGAAUUCGAAGUAGAAAAACAAAAGAAGCACAAAAACAAUAAAUAUAAUGAUGAUGAAGAUUUUGAUAAAGAAAAGAAAAGUAAACACAAUAAAUAUAGUGAAGAAGAUCAAUUUGAAAUAGAAGAUUUCGAAGAAGAAAAACAAAAGAACCAUAGAAACAACAAGUACAAAGGAUUUAAUUAUGAAGAAGAAAAACAGAACAAACAUAAGAAUAAUAAAUAUAAUGAAGAAUAUCAAAUAGAAGAUUUCGAUAACGAAAAACAUAAGAAUAAUAAAUAUAAUGAUGAAUUUGAAGAUUUUGAAGAAGAGAAGAGAAACAACAAAAGGUAUGAAGAUGAUCAUUAUUAUGGAAGUAGAUAUGAUGAAUUUGAUGAGCAAGAGCCAAGAACAUCAAGAAAACAGAGAAGAGGCAGAAGAAACAAUUACUAUGACGAAAUAAAUGAAUUAGAAAGAAGAAACAAAAGAAAGAAGUCACAAAACAAUUACAAAUCAAAUAAAAAAGUUCAGAAAUAUAUUGAUGAAUUCGAUCAACAGUUUUCUGAUGCCAGAAGAAGCAACAAUCAUGAAUUUAAUGAUUUCCCAGACAAAAACAAAUUCAACAACAAAAAUUCAACUUCUGGAAAAGAAAUUAAAAAUAAUUUCAUGUCAGAACAAACAAGUACAGACAGUUUUACAGAGGAAAAUGAUAAGAAGUUGAAGAAGAUCUAUGAUGAAAUCAAUAAUAAGUUCGGAAAUGAUAAUAUUGGUGAAUCUGAAGGAAUUUCCGAAAAUUCAACUGAAAAAAUAGAAAAUCAAGAAAAAGAAGAACAGAAAUCAAAUGUAGAUGAGAGUAAAGGCAUAAAAGAAGAGAAAUCUGAAGAAAAUGAACUGGAAAAAACAAAAAUUGAAAAUAAUAUCUCUCAAAAUCAACAAAAUGAAGAAAAAGAAAACAAGAAUGAUUCAAAUGAUGUAAAUAUUGACCAUAAACCAGAAAAUAACUCUAAUAAAGAACAAAUAAAUGAGAUAUUAAAAGAAGUGGACGAAGACAUCAAAAAGAUGGAAGAACGUCAUGGCAGGAAUCCAGACAUUCCAUUUAUUAGUUACGAUGAUGACGAUGACGAAAUUCAAAUUGCUCCAAGGCGAAGAAUGAAGAUUUGCAAGCAGAAAUGCCACAUAUUUGCACAAUGCGUAUCAGGAGAAUGCAUUUGCAGACAUGGUUAUGCAGGAGAUGGCGUAAAACUUUGUACAGAUGAAACAUUAGAAAUAGAAUCCAUAAAUCCGAACUUUUCUUACCUAAAUGAAUCAGUAGAAGUCGAAAUUAAGCUCAUCAACGAGAUAAAAAUCAUGAAUUCUACUUAUGUUCGGUUUGGAGGACAAAUUUGUUUCCCAAAGUUCGCCCAAGGGCAUAAAAUCAUCGUAGACUCGCCUAAAUCCAAGAAGGUACAGAUUGUUAACGUAUCUGUUUCUUAUGAUAUGAAGAUUUGGUCAAAGAAAUCUCAGGAAUUCCAGUACAAACCAAAUAUAUUCAAAGUUAUGUAUAAAUACAAGAUAUUUGUAUUCCAAGUACUCAUUUUAGCUGCUUUAGGUGUUAUUAUUUUGGUUAAAAAGAAAAUGGGCAAAUCUAAAGGUCAAGCAAAGUCUAUUGUUCCUCUUCUUUCUGGAAGAGAUCAGAUUGAUGAGGGAAACAACAUUGAUUUCGAGAACGAACCUUUAAAGCCGAAGAAAAGAUCUCUUUAUGAAUAA